AACUUCAGUGAGAGCUUAUCAUAAUGCAGGGAAAGAGUUCCUCAUCUAGCAGCGAUUCCGUACACUCUCGGCUUUGCCACAGUUUUUGUCUGAGCUUAAACAGAGAUACCCACACCGGGAAAUCACAAGAAACUAGACGGCAAGAUCAGCUCUCUAUUAUAAGAACGAAUCGCGAUGCGCGACGCAGGCCUGACGCAGCGACUGACGCUGCGUCUCGUCGUCCUGUCUGCCUGCGUCAUGACGUCGGCAGCCGUCGACUCCGAGAUCUUUAAGUUCUACGACAAUGUUCCGCCGCCGGAUGGCGUCAUCGACCUCUUCCUAGGAGGAUUCUUCCCGAUGUCGGGAACGUGGGCGGGAGGUCAGACGAUUAUUCCCGUGUUCGAGUACGCCUUAGAUAUGAUCAAUAACAGAAAGGACAUUCUACCUGGAUACCGACUGGUGCUGCAUUGGGCGGAUACACAGUGCAAAUGCGGAAAGGCGAUCAACGAAAUGCACCGCGUCGUGUUUAACGGACCUACGAAGCUGAUGGCGGUUGGAGCUGGCUGCCCCACAUGUACGGAGGCCACGGCAGGA